AUGCUUCUCUACGAUAGAUACACUUAUAACAGACAGCAAGGUGCAAGGAACAGAAUGCUCCGGUGGUAUUGUGCAAAAUACCACGCGGGCUGUAAAGUCACGGUCCUCACGACAUCUGAAAAUAUAGUAACCAAAGUUGUUGGUGAACAUAACCACGCAAAACCCAUCCUUCAUGAACUUUCUGAUGUUACAUAUACCAUCAGAAUUAAGGAGAAUGGACAUAAAUGUAUGCAACUUGGAAAUUUCUACUUUGGUCCCCACUACACCAGAAGAUUGAAAACAAGAUGGCGCUGCGUGAGGCAUAACAUUCAGUGUAAUGCUGUUGUUUACACAUUGGUGGUCUUCGUUCACAAUAUGUCUGGGAAGCGUUUGGCGAUAUAUAAUGGCUAUUCUUUCUAUUGUGGAGUGCAAAGUUCUAGGACAUAUACAUGGAGAUGCACCCGAUGGGGAAACUGCAAGUCCAGAUUCAUACUUAGCGCGAACAGUAAUGUUUUGAUAACCGGAAACUUUGAUCACUCUCAUGAACCGCCGCCGCAUGUCAUAAGAAAUGGGAUUUAUAUAAGAGUUUAG